AUGUCUUAUCAAGGCUAUUGCAAUUGCGAGAGUAUUCGCAUCACUCUUCCCCAACAACCCCCGAGCUCAGUUGUUUGCCAUUGCAAUUGUUGCAAAAGAGCAGGUGGUGGUCCAUUCUCUGUUAAUUACUUUAUUAAUGAGGAUGAAAUGACCGUCGAGGACCCAGAUGCGACAUUGAAGAUCUAUGAGGACAAGAAGUCUGCCAGUGGCAAUACUGUGAAGCGUCAUUUCUGUUCCAGCUGUGGCAGCCCAGUAUUUACCAAGACCCCUAAAGCCCCCGGAAAAGUCUUUCUCAAGGCUGCCUUGUUUGACAGCGUUUCUCCUCCUGCGGCUGAGGUGUUUAUCAAAAACCAAUACGAGUGGAUAACCCUUGAUCAUACCGGAGAAAAGCUAGAAUAA